UCAAUUCUGGCCUCUGCAGCAGAGACGCCGCGGAGACGCAUCCCGCGUGCCACAGGGAUGCCCCUGCCGGGAGUGAGGCGGAGCGAGGAGGCGUGUUCCUGCGCUCGGCCCCCACCAGGGACUCCCUCCGCUCCCCCCGGGGCUCGGUCGUGAGCUUCCACAACAUCCAGUAUUCGGUCCGGCAGCCCCACGGCCUCCCCUGCAAGCGGACUGUGGUGGAGAAGAAAAUCCUUCACGACGUGUGUGGCAUCAUGAGGCCCGGCAUGAACGCCAUCCUGGGGCCCACGGGCAGUGGCAAAUCUUCUCUCCUGGAUGUCCUGGCCGCCCGAAAGGACCCGUCUGGCUUAUCCGGGGAUGUUCUGAUCGACGGUUUCCCACAACCUCCGAAUUUCAAAUGCAUCUCAGGAUAUGUGGUCCAGGACGACGUGGUGAUGGGCACCAUGACCGUGAGGGAGAACCUGCUCUUCUCGGCAGCCCUCAGGCUCCCCAAGGGCAUCAGCUUCCAGGAGAAGGAAGAGCGUGUGGCCCAGAUUAUCACUGAGCUGGGGCUGAGCAAAGUCGCCAAUGCCAAGGUGGGGACGGAGCUCAUUCGAGGCGUGUCCGGGGGCGAGCGGAAGCGGACGAACAUCGCCAUGGAGCUCAUCACUGAGCCCCCCGUGCUGUUCCUGGACGAGCCCACCACGGGCCUCGAUGCCAGCACGGCCAACGCCGUGCUCCUCCUGCUGAAGAGGCUCUCCAAAAGAGGCAGAACCAUCAUUUUCUCGAUUCAUCAGCCCCGUUAUUCCAUAUUCAAGCUUUUCGACAGCUUGACCUUGCUAGCCCUGGGGAAGGUACUCUACCACGGGCCAGCCAAGGAAGCUCUGGAGUAUUUUACUUCCAUUGGGUACGAGUGCGAGCCUUUCAACAACCCGGCUGACUUCUUUCUCGAUGUAAUCAACGGCGACUCCACCGCUGUGGCGGCCGGCGUGGCUGGCCAGAGGCCCCGGGGAAGAGAGGAGCGGGACGGCGCCGAAACUGACAACGAGAAGGACACCCAGGAGGAAACCAUGGGGACGACGCUGGUGGACAGGCUGCAUGAGAAGUACCUGGCCUCCGCCCAGUGCCAGGACAUGAUGGAGGAGCUAAAGAAGCUGGGAGACGGCCGGGGGAGCUCGCCGAAGAUGUCGGGGCGCACGGCCCACGUGACCUACGCCAACGGCUUCUUCACUCAGCUGCACUGGGUGUCUCAGCGCUCCCUCAAAAACCUCAUCCGAAACCCCCAGGCUUCUGUCGCACAGGUUUUUGUGACCGUUGUCCUGGCACUGAUCGUGGGAACCAUAUUCUUCGAUGUAAAGCUUGACCAAAGUGGCAUUCAAAAUCGAGUUGGAUCGUUGUUUUUUAUAAUCACAAACCAGUGUUUCUCAAGUGUGUCAGCCGUGGAGCUGUUCAUCAAGGAUAAGAAAUUAUUUAUCCACCAGUACACCAGCGGGUAUUACCAAGUCUCAGCCUAUUUCCUGGCUUUGCUUGUUGGGGAUCUGCUGCCCAUGCGGACCAUGCCUGCAGUCAUAUUUUCAUGCAUAAGCUACUGGAUGAUCGGCUACCAGGUGGCGGCGGAGCGGUUCUUCUUCUUCAUGCUGACGCUGGUCCUGGUGUCCUACACCUCCACCUCCAUGGCCCUCGCCAUUUCAGCUGGAAUGGAAGUGGUGGCCGUCGCCAACCUGCUCAUCACCAUUUGCUUCGUCUUCAUGAUGAUCUUUUCCGGCUUAUUAGUGAAUCUUCCCUCUGUGAUGGGCUGGUUGAACUGGCUGAAAUAUUUGAGCAUUCCCAGAUAUGGCCUCACGGCCCUUGAAGUAAACGAGUUCAGAGACCUGCAUUUCUGCGACAGAAACACCACACAAGCGCCACCCAUGCACAGUUGUCCCCACGGUUCUUCAGUUACACAGAUGUGCUCUGGAGAGGCCUACCUCUGCAGCCAAGGAAUCGAGCCGACCAACUGGGCCAUGUGGGAGAACAUGGUGGCUCUUCUGUGCAUGGCGGUCAUCUUCCUCCUGAUAGCAUACAGCAAGCUCCGAUUUAUGAAGAAGUUCACCUAGGAGCCCGGCCCCAGCGGGGUCCCAGCCCCGGCUCGACUAACACGUCACGGUCUCGGCGGUGCUGGGGGACUGCCUGUGUGCACACAGCCAGCUUUACUUUGUUGGUGGCUAAUGGCUGCGUUGUUGAUUUUCG